ACUACUACUAUACUAUACAUUCUCAAACCAUCAUAUUCUCUAUAUGGCAAAAGAACACCCCAAUUCCAAGACCUCAACUAACAACAAACCUGCAGAAAAUAAGAACACACCAAACAAUUUCAAGAUGACCAUCCAAAACACCCAAAGAAGAAGAACAAAACCCGAAGAGCCGCCAUCACAACCGCCGCCGCAAACCGCCGCCUCCCCGCCUCACUUGUCAUCUUCAUGUCCUUCUGAUGAUGAGUUCUCCUUCACCAUCACCCUCCACCCUUCAUCCUCCACAAAAAUCCCCGCCCCUCCGGAUGAGGGAGCCAAAACCACCGCCAAGCCACCCACACCUUCCUUCACCGCACUCGAAGACGAUUUAUCUCCGGCGGAUGAGAUAUUCUUCCACGGCCACCUCCUCCCCCUCCGCCUCCUCUCCCACCUCCCCGUCUCCGCCCGCUCCUCGACUAACUCCAACGACAGUUUCACCCUUCCCGUAAAGGACUUCUUACAUGAUAAAAAUAAGAACUUGCCAAAACCAGCCAACACCCAAAUACCCAAAGAUCCAAAAGCACCCAAACCGGCGAAAACCUCCGGCUUCUCCCUUUUCCGGCUACCGAAACGGAGAAAAGACCAGUCCGAUUGCCCAACCCUCAUUAAAGUAAUCAAUAUAGAAGUGAAAAGGAAAGAAGAGAAGGAAAAGCAAUGGAGGAAGCUGAGAUGGGAUGUAACCCAAGUCGUGAAAAGAUACAUGAGAAUGGUGAGACCCCUCUUGUCGUCGUUCAAGAACGGCGGCGGCGGCGGGAUAAAGCGGGAACGGCGGAAGGUGGAAACCGCCGACCGGAAAGCGCAUUCGUUUUCGUCCGGGAGCAUAAGCGUGACGAGAGGGAUCAGCAGAAGUGAUAAUAAUAUCACGAGCAGAAGAUCGUCGGCGUUCAGCGGCGGGUUGAGAGGGGAGUAUUCUGCACCGGCAUCUACCAGAACGUCGCCCACCAACAGCGGCCUUCUGGUGGCGCAACCGCCGUCGAAGUCGACGGCGUCAAGUGACAGCACGAUGGAAGAACUGCAUGCUGCUAUCCAAGCUGCUAUUGCUCAUUGCAAGAAUUCCAUCGCGGUUCAUGAAGAUCAGACAAAGCCAAAUGUUGCCGUGGCUUGAUUAUUAAUCAGAAACUACGGGUUAAAACAGCGGAAGAUAGAAACUCAGACAUUACAUCCGCGAUUCGGAUGGCAGGAGAGUAGGCAUGAAGGUAUUCGAUCGAUGGUGAAGGAGGGUGCAAAAGGCAAAGACGGCGGAGUUGAAGAGGCCGACGGUGAGCAGCGGCAACCAGCGUGGGACUCUCGGCGAGUUGCGAUUCGAGAUCUGGUGACCUGAGUGAAGUAGCUCGUAGAUCUGGUGACCAGCGACCAGCGUGGACCUUCCUCUUCUCUGGUUUUGGCUCUGACGACAGAUUUAGCCUUUUCCGGCAGAGGUGUUGCUAGCAGAAUGAAUGCCAGUCGAUAGCCAUAUGCACAGUGAUAGCUCCAGAGAUGUCAACAAUUGAUGCCUUCGUGAAAUAACAAAACAGCCUCAGAUGCUUGAUUGCUUCUUUGUUUAUUAAAAACUGCAAAUUGUAUGCUCAGAAUGCCAUUAAAAUUACAUUAUUAUUCUUCAAAAUGCCAUAUUUUAGUUUGAAAAUGCCAUUAAUAUGACCUUGUU